UUGGAUUAUCCAAUCUCGGAAACUUAUGACGGCCCACUCGAAAAUACCACAAAAGCUUCGAAUAUUGAAGAUAUCCCACUGGCUCACCAAAUUUCAAAUUAUCCAACUGAAUUUGAGUAUGAAAAAUUGCCAGAACAAACAAUAUCGAUUCAACAAGAAGAAGAAAAGAGAGAUGAACCAAGCUUGAAAUCUAAAAUUACUGGAUUGUUCAAAAAGUCGCCAUCACAUUUGGAUUAUCCAAUCUCGGAAACUUAUGACGGCCCACUCGAAAAUACCACAAAAGCUUCGAAUAUUGAAGAUAUCCCACUGGCUCACCAAAUUUCAAAUUAUCCAACUGAAUUUGAGUAUGAAAAAUUGCCAGAACAAACAAUAUCGAUUCAACAAGAAGAAGAAAAGAGAGAUGAACCAAGCUUGAAAUCUAAAAUUACUGGAUUGUUCAAAAAGUCGCCAUCACAUUUGGAUUAUCCAAUCUCGGAAACUUAUGACGGCCCACUCGAAAAUACCACAAAAGCUUCGAAUAUUGAAGAUAUCCCACUGGCUCACCAAAUUUCAAAUUAUCCAACUGAAUUUGAGUAUGAAAAAUUGCCAGAGCAAACAAUUUCGAUUCAACCAGAAGAAGAAAAGAGAGAUGAACCAAGCUUGAAAUCUAAAAUUACUGGAUUGUUCAAAAAGUCGCCAUCACAUUUGGAUUAUCCAAUCUCGGAAACUUAUGACGGCCCACUCGAAAAUACCACAAAAGCUUCGAAUAUUGAAGAUAUCCCACUGGCUCACCAAAUUUCAAAUUAUCCAACUGAAUUUGAGUAUGAAAAAUUGCCAGAACAAACAAUAUCGAUUCAACAAGAAGAAGAAAAGAAAGAGGAGCCAAGCUUGAAAUCUAAAAUUACUGGAUUGUUCAAAAAGUCGCCAUCACAUUUGGAUUAUCCAAUCUCGGAAACUUAUGACGGCCCACUCGAAAAUACCACAAAAGCUUCGAAUAUUGAAGGCAUCCCACUGGCUCACCAAAUUUCAAAUUAUCCAACUGAAUUUGAGUAUGAAAAAUUGCCAGAGCAAACAAUAUCGAUUCAACAAGAAGAAGAAAAGAGAGAGGAACCAAGCUUGAAAUCUAAAAUUACUGGCCUCUUCAAAAAGUCGCCAUCACAUUUGGAUUAUCCAAUCUCGGAAACUUAUGACGGCCCACUCGAAAAUACCACAAAAGCUUCGAAUAUUGAAGACAUCCCACUGGCUCAUCAAAUUUCAAAUUAUCCAACUGAAUUUGAGUAUGAAAAAUUGCCAGAACAAACAAUAUCGAUUCAACAAGAAGAAGAAAAGAGAGAUGAACCAAGCUUGAAAUCUAAAAUUACUGGAUUGUUCAAAAAGUCGCCAUCACAUUUGGAUUAUCCAAUCUCGGAAACUUAUGACGGCCCACUCGAAAAUACCACAAAAGCUUCGAAUAUUGAAGAUAUCCCACUGGCUCAUCAAAUUUCAAAUUAUCCAACUGAAUUUGAGUAUGAAAAAUUGCCAGAACAAACAAUAUCGAUUCAACAAGAAGAAGAAAAGAGAGAGGAACCAAGCUUGAAAUCUAAAAUUACUGGCCUCUUCAAAAAGUCGCCAUCACAUUUGGAUUAUCCCAUCUCGGAAACUUAUGACGGCCCACUCGAAAAUACCACAAAAGCUUCGAAUAUUGAAGAUAUCCCACUGGCUCACCAAAUUUCAAAUUAUCCAACUGAAUUUGAGUAUGAAAAAUUGCCAGAACAAACAAUAUCGAUUCAACAAGAAGAAGAAAAGAGAGAUGAACCAAGCUUGAAAUCUAAAAUUACUGGCCUCUUCAAAAAGUCGCCAUCACAUUUGGAUUAUCCAAUCUCGGAAACUUAUGACGGCCCACUCGAAAAUACCACAAAAGCUUCGAAUAUUGAAGAUAUCCCACUGGCUCAUCAAAUUUCAAAUUAUCCAACUGAAUUUGAGUAUGAAAAAUUGCCAGAGCAAACAAUUUCGAUUCAACCAGAAGAAGAAAAGAGAGAUGAACCAAGCUUGAAAUCUAAAAUUACUGGAUUGUUCAAAAAGUCGCCAUCACAUUUGGAUUAUCCAAUCUCGGAAACUUAUGACGGCCCACUCGAAAAUACCACAAAAGCUUCGAAUAUUGAAGAUAUCCCACUGGCUCACCAAAUUUCAAAUUAUCCAACUGAAUUUGAGUAUGAAAAAUUGCCAGAGCAAACAAUUUCGAUUCAACCAGAAGAAGAAAAGAGAGAUGAACCAAGCUUGAAAUCUAAAAUUACUGGAUUGUUCAAAAAGUCGCCAUCACAUUUGGAUUAUCCAAUCUCGGAAACUUAUGACGGCCCACUCGAAAAUACCACAAAAGCUUCGAAUAUUGAAGACAUCCCACUGGCUCACCAAAUUUCAAAUUAUCCAACUGAAUUUGAGUAUGAAAAAUUGCCAGAGCAAACAAUUUCGAUUCAACCAGAAGAAGAAAAGAAAGAGGAGCCAAGCUUGAAAUCUAAAAUUACUGGCCUCUUCAAAAAGUCGCCAUCACAUUUGGAUUAUCCAAUCUCGGAAACUUAUGACGGCCCACUCGAAAAUACCACAAAAGCUUCGAAUAUUGAAGACAUCCCACUGGCUCACCAAAUUUCAAAUUAUCCAACUGAAUUUGAGUAUGAAAAAUUGCCAGAGCAAACAAUUUCGAUUCAACCAGAAGAAGAAAAGAAAGAGGAGCCAAGCUUGAAAUCUAAAAUUACUGGCCUCUUCAAAAAGUCGCCAUCACAUUUGGAUUAUCCAAUCUCGGAAACUUAUGACGGCCCACUCGAAAAUACCACAAAAGCUUCGAAUAUUGAAGACAUCCCACUGGCUCACCAAAUUUCAAAUUAUCCAACUGAAUUUGAGUAUGAAAAAUUGCCAGAACAAACAAUAUCGAUUCAACAAGAAGAAGAAAAGAGAGAUGAACCAAGCUUGAAAUCUAAAAUUACUGGAUUGUUCAAAAAGUCGCCAUCACAUUUGGAUUAUCCAAUCUCGGAAACUUAUGACGGCCCACUCGAAAAUACCACAAAAGCUUCGAAUAUUGAAGAUAUCCCAUUGGCUCAUCAAAUUUCAAAUUAUCCAACUGAAUUUGAGUAUGAAAAAUUGCCAGAACAAACAAUAUCGAUUCAACAAGAAGAAGAAAAAGAGAGAUGA